UCCCUGUCUGCAGAGAGGAGAGUACUCAUUUAACAAUAUGUAUUUCACUAAAUCUACUAGCCAUUCCUUCAAAUUGUGAGCCUCUAUCAAAAUAAUUAUAAAACUAGUUUCAGACAUCUUUGUCCAAGUCCAAGUGAUGGCAUCCUCUUCCCCCUCCUUUUAUUCAUCCAACCACCAACGCCUCCUCUCCAUGACAAAACUCAUAACAUCCCACGUAAACCAAUCCCGCCACAAACAAGCUCUAUCUAUCUUCCACCACAUGCACACCACCUUACCCAUCUCCCUCGACCCACACGUCUUCACCCUCGUCCUCAAAUCCUGCACCACCCUCCACCUCCCUCUCCUCGCCACCUCCAUCCACUCUCACCUCAUCAAAACCUCGUUCCUCACCUCCAACCACUUCCUCUCCUCCUCCCUCAUCAACUUCUACGGCCACUGUCUCUCCCUCAACUCCGCACGUAAACUGUUCGACGAAACUCCUCAACCAAAUGUCAUCGUUUGGAACUCCAUUAUCGCACUAUACUCCCGUUCACAACAUAUUUCGUCUGCUAUUAAACUCUUUAACAUCAUGAAUGUGCCUCCAAAUGAAUCCACUUUCAACCCAAUUAUCGCCGCCUUAUCAUUGUCGAAUCAAAACAAUGCUUCGUUUCAAGCCGUGAAGUUCUACCGAAAAAUGAUUGAGUUGAAACUGAAGCCGAGUUUGAUCACGCUUCUCGCUCUUCUUCGCGCAUCUGUUUUGACUGCGGCUUUGAAUUUGAUUAAAGAGAUACAUGGUUAUGGGAUAAGGAAUGAUAUUGAUUCGGAUCCUCAAAUGAGUAGUGGGUUGAUUGAAGCUUACGGUAGAUGCGGUUGUUUAAUAAAUUCGCGAUUAGUUUUUUCGGGGAUGAGGGUAUGCGAUAAAGAUGUAGUUGUUUGGAGUAGUUUAAUAUCUGCUUGUGCUUUGCAUGGUGAAGCUAGGGAAGCAUUGGAGAUUUUUCGAGAAAUGGAGGUUUCGGGUGUGAAGCCGGAUGGGAUUGCUUUUCUUGGUGUUUUGAAAGCUUGUAGUCAUGCUGGGUUGGAUGAUGAGGCGUUGGGUUGUUUUAUGAGGAUGCAUAGGGAUUAUGGCGUUGAGCCGAAUAGCGAGCAUUAUUCUUGUUUGGUUGAUGUUUUGAGUAGGGCAGGGAGAUUGUAUGAAGCUUAUGAGGUUAUUAAAGGGAUGCCUGUGAAGGUGACUGCUAAGGCAUGGGGUGCUCUACUCGGUGCUUGUAGGAAUUAUGGAGAGUUGGGGUUGGCUGAGAUUGCCGCCAGAGCUUUGGCUGAGAUUGAGCCGGAUAAUGCUGCGAAUUAUGUUCUGUUGGCUAAGAUUUAUGCUAGUGUUGGGAGACAGGAGGAGGCUGAUAGAAUGAUAAGGGAAAUGAAAGAGAAAGGAGUGAAGACUGCGGGUGGUACUAGUUGGGUUGUGUAUUCCGAGUCUUGAGAUUAACUGUGUUUGCCAAACAUGAUUUUAAUUUGCAGUCUGGGCUGAGAUGUGGUUUUUAAAACUGCUGUAAAUCGCAGACACUUGUUGUUUGUGUGCUCGCAAUUGGAGUAUCAAAGAUCUCAAGAAUUGUUGAUGUUUUGGCCACAGGGAUUGAUUUUUUGCGGUGGAUGUGUUGGACAUGAGAUAGUUUUGAGGCUACUACUGAGCUUCUAAAGGAAUGCAAAGUUAAAAAAUCAUGGGAUCUAACAUGCCAACAAUUGUUUUUGCGGAUCAUAAUUUAAAAAUAAAACUUUCCUACAGUACUAUCGGGGAUGUUCUAAACUAAAUAAGCAUUCUUUGUAGGCAUAUAAAGUUCCAACUACCCGCUAAGGUUUUUGCAAUUUUAAUCGAUAGAGGUGUUGCAACACUAAUUGCGGUAAUCGCCGUAUGAAUUAAUCAUAAUAUAUUCUUUAUCAUAAGAAAUGUAAAUAACAAUAUUGGUAUCGACACUCUUUUGGUAUCGGCCACAAUGAGAGAGUCGGUAAAAUGUUUGUUAAAUAUGUAAUUCUUUGUGUCAAUCAUAGUGCGACAUGAGUUGAAUAAAUGUUAAGUUUGACUCUGUCAAGGUUAACUCCUUCGACAACUAAAUGUUUCGACUACAUGCUUCGUCAAGCUGUAUUUGACUUUCUGUCAAAUACAGUUAAUACAGACUUUGUUCGACUCAUGUCGCAC